UUGUAAACAUAGUCGUGCCGUACCUUUUAGUGUCUGUUAUGCGUACUGUUUUGAUUUUCUUUCUGUUCUCUAACAAUUUCCUUAGAGUAAAAACAAUCAUUAAGUAUUUUUAUUAUUGAAUUUUCAAAAUGGAUGCAUUAUCAGAUACUAAUGAAGAUAGUUUGGUUCUUGGCAAGCAAAAGGAUAAGGUGCAUGGCUUUGUUUACAUCGUUGCUGUGCUGUCAGCUGUAGGGGGUUUACUUUUUGGCUAUGAUACUGGGGUUGUAUCGGGUGCGAUGAUUUUAUUGAGAGAUCAUUUUAAAUUAGAUAAUACUAUGCAAGGAGUAGUGGUCAGCGUUACCGUUAUCACUGCAUGGCUGAUUUGUUUGUGCGCGGGGAAAAUCGCUGACAGGUACGGCCGAAAAAUAGUAAUAAUUUUAGCUAGUAUUGUUUUUACGCUUGGAUCAUUGUUAAUGGGUUUUGCCCAUAACAUUGCAAUGCUAAUAUCUGGACGAGUAGUUGUUGGUAUUGGAAUUGUUUAUUACUUCUGCGAUUGGUUUGUUUUUAAUCCGUAGCCGGCAUACGUAUGGCUCGAAGUCCUUCCAAAGCAGCUUAGAAGUCUCUUCAAGCCCUCAGCAGGAGUGCUGAAAUUUAAUUAAAUCAUGCUCGCUGUUCAGUAUCUUGAUACAUAUUUAAGCUCAAAGAUUAUUGACUCUGUUUUUUUUCUGUAUUUCUUUGCUGAACUAAUAAAACAAUAUCAA